GUAUCCCUUAAAAAAACGGAUCAUAAUAAGAUCAUAAAAGAAAAAGCAAAACUCCAUCAUGACGAUUCUGAGGCUUCCUUUUAAACGAAUUUCGAUUCCCCUCGCCCACCUUCUUUCUUUCACAUGGCCUCCCCAUUUCCACUCCUCGCAACAAACUUCCUCCACGCUAUCUCAUCUCCCUCCCUCUCCCUCUCCUCUGGUCAGGUAGGUACUCUUCUAAAAGGCUUCUGAAACAAACCAGGAAUAAAAAUCUCUCCUUUUCACUCUAUCCCACUCACCCUCCUUACCACCCUCCCUCUCACAAAGAGGACCACUGGUGUGGUGUGGUCCUCCAUCUACAAUAGCAACGCUUCGAUCUCCACAUCUCCCUUCGUCCAAGAUGAUGCGAGGAGAUCCCCACCAAGUGCAUGGUAUGCAUAUGUCCGCAGCUGCUGCAGUAGGUGAGUGCUCCACUUCAGCGCCACCUUCCGCCGCUGCAGAGGAAGAGCACCGUCGUCUUCUGAAAGCAGAGAUUUCCGUUCACCCUCUGUUAGAACAGCUUCUGUCAGCCCACGUCGGCUGCCUCCGCGUCGCCACCCCCAUCGACCAACUCCCCCUCAUCGACGCCCAGCUCUCACAAUCCCACCACCUCCUCCGCUCCUACGCCGCCAUCCACCGCCCCCUUCUUUCCCCGCCGGAAAAGCACGACCUCGACAAUUUCCUCACGCAGUAUACGCUGCUGCUGUGCUCGUUCAAGGAACAGCUGCAACAACACGUAAGAGUGCACGCAGUGGAGGCCGUCAUGGCUUGCCGCGAGAUCGAGCAAUCGCUUCAUGAGCUGACUGGCGUAACCCUUGAUGAAGGAACCGGAGCAACCAUGUCAGAUGAUGAAGACGAUCUCCAACUUGAUUGCUCUCUUGAUCCUUUAAUGGACGGACAUGAUCUGAUGGGUUUCGGCCCGCUUCUACCAAGCGAAUCCGAGCGAUCGUUAAUGGAAAGAGUAGAGCUCAAGCUUGAGUUGAAACAGGGGUUUAGGUCGAAAAUCGAAGAUGUAAGAGAGGAGAUUAUGAGGAAGAGAAGAGCAGGAAAACUUCCAGGCGACACCACUUCUGUGCUUAAGCAAUGGUGGCAGCAGCAUUCUAAAUGGCCGUACCCUACAGAAGAUGACAAAGCAAAAUUAGUGGAGGAGACUGGUCUUCAACUGAAACAGAUCAAUAAUUGGUUCAUCAAUCAAAGAAAGCGAAAUUGGCACAAUAACUCCCAAUCCGCAACAAGCUGCUCAAAGUCUAAACGCAAAAGGUAACCGAGAAGCAAGCCAUGAAAAUAAUCAACUUAUCUUGUUAUCAACACCGUAGUUGUGGAUGUGCUUCAAACAUGAUAGAGAAAUAGAAUUAAAUAGAUGAUGAUUGGAAACUAACAUUGCUGGAUAUGUAGUAUAAGCGCUCAUUGCCACCCCCACAUAUACAUACACACACACACAAACACUUUUUUUUUUUUGCUUUUCUAACCAUGAAUUUUUUACCAUAGUGUUGUAUUAAAUGCUA